GAAAAUUGAAAUUUUCAUAAAUACGUAUAAGUAAGACGUGUUCGAGAUGUUUAAGUUGAUCUACACCUGCAACUUGUUAAUUUUGAUGACCUACUUAGUUUUCUGCGAUGAACAUCCACAACACCCGAACAAUUUAGCCAGUACUUUUAGUGAAAUUAAUAGCGAUGGCACUUUCGAACUCAGUUCAGCAGCAGGCAAUACCAUCAUACUACUUGCAGGCUCCAUGAUAGAAAUAAAUGGAACUCAAUCAUUUGAAAUUUUCGGUUACUAUAGCAAUGGAACUUGCCUUAUAAAGUGGGAUGCAAAUGGAACUUAUAUUUCUGGUUGCGCACCACCUGUGGCUCCUGCUCUUGCACCAAGAACCGUGGCAACGAUCCUUGGAUAAAUAUUCUUUCUUCUUCAUCUUCAAUUUAGUCGGAAAUAACCUCAAAGAUGCUAAGUUUUUUUUCCAAGAAGGAGGUAAGGGAUAAUUCGUUGGGAGUAGCGAUUAACAUUACUGCGACCUCUUAUAGUAAUGGUUUCGUCGUACAUUUAACACUAAUUCAUACGGUGAUGGUCAGUGCUUUCUUGAAUUAAAAUAAAUGGUGUCCCAACUUAGA